CAGGCCAGCAGGUGGCGACAUGGGGUCAACAAGCGCGUCUUGUUUUCAUUGAAGGAGCAAAGAGGAAGAAACGACACCAGCGCAACAUGGCGGCGUCGUUGAUGCGGUUUGUCCGCGGGGGUCUUGGAAGGAGUUUUAGCCUCGCUAAUCGGAGCUCAUGUCUCGUCCAGCAGCAAGCGAGGUUGGAAAGCACCGAGAGCAAACCCACAGUCCGGCCCAAGGAUGCUGUCAGUCACAAUCAGCUGGCAGCAUUUGGGGAGUAUGUGGCCGAGAUGAUGCCCAAGUACAUCCAGCAGGUCCAGGUUACAUGUUACAAUGAGCUGGAGGUGAUGAUCCAUCCUGACGGGGUGAUCCCUGUGCUGACCUUCUUGAGGGACCACACCAACGCUCAGUUCAGGAACAUGAUCGACCUUACUGCUGUCGACAUCCCCACACGGCAGAAUCGCUUUGAGAUUGUGUACAACCUGCUGUCCCUGCGCUUCAACUCUCGUAUCCGCAUCAAGACAUACACAGACGAGCUGACACCAGUGGACUCUGCAGUCACUGUCCACAAGGCUGCCAACUGGUAUGAAAGGGAGGUGUGGGACAUGUUUGGUGUGUUCUUUGCCAACCAUCCUGACCUGAGGCGCAUUUUGACAGACUACGGCUUUGAGGGCCAUCCGUUCAGGAAGGACUUCCCCCUCUCAGGAUACGUUGAGGUGCGUUACGAUGAUGAGGUGAAGCGCGUGGUGGCAGAACCUGUGGAGCUGACGCAGGAGUUCAGGAAGUUUGACCUCAGCACCCCCUGGGAGGUGUUCCCCGCCUACCGAGAGCCCAAAGACGCUGCGCCCAAACUGGAGGCCGGUGACAAGGCCCCUGAGAAGAAAUGACCUCCUCCUGUUCAGUCUGCAAAUGAACACCAUCACCAUCUUCUGUCUGUCUCUAACAUUCACUAACUGUCCCUUCUAGGAACCAUUUGAAAUAUUUAUGUAAAUAAAAAUACCAAUAAAAUGCUCCUUAAUCGAU